AUGGUUUUGAUUGGGAAAUCACUCGACUCUGGAGUCGAAAAGGUAGCCAGGGAAGUACUGAAGACGUCUUUCGAGCUCCGUCCCGAUAGUGAGGGCAUUUCGGUUGCAGAGACGGCCCAGGGGAGUCAACCCUGCCUGCCCAUACGAGAUGAGGUGAUCAACCGAGUAGCUGCUUUAGUGGGGGAGAAGCAUAAAGUCAGCCUGACCAACCCGGACAAGGUCAUCUUGAUCGAGGUCUUCAAGGUAAGCUCAAGCCAAGCCGCUAUGAACGAUAUGGUCAGUGGACCCCUCGAGUUUUCACUUGGCUAA